UCGCCUUUCCUCCGCCAUCGUGUGCGCUACCCCUGGUUCGGCUUCUCGCCAUGUCUUCUCACAAGACUUUCAGAAUCAAGCGAUUCCUGGCCAAGAAACAAAAGCAAAACCAUCCUAUUCCUCAAUGGAUCCGGAUGAAAACUGGUAACAAAAUCAGGUUCAACUCUAAGAGAAGACACUGGAGGAGAACGAAGCUGGGUCUGUAAGGAGUCACGCCAGGGCAAGACUGAGCGU